UUUAUGUGAAAGCAUAUGAAAGGCCACACUCGUAAAGCAGCAGAAAUAACCCUGGUCGCUGGAAUCAUCAGAAUCGCGGUCAGUCGUGUUGUGCGUCUCACAGUGCUAACUAGUGACAUCAAACAUGGUUCUGGACACAGAAGACUGGGCUGAUGAGCUCCCAGCAGAACAAAUUGCCGUUCUUCGCAAAGCGUUCGAUGGCUUCGACCACAACCGCUCGGGCAGUAUCCCAUGUGACUUCGUCGCUGACAUCCUUCGAAUGAUGGGGCAGCCCUUUAACAAGAAGAUCCUUGAGGAACUCAUCGAAGAAGUUGACGCUGACAAGUCUGGUCGUCUGGAGUUCCCUGAAUUCGUAACACUGGCCGCCAAAUUCAUCGUAGAAGAAGACGCUGAAGCCAUGCAAAAGGAACUCAGGGAAGCAUUCAGAUUAUACGACAAAGAAGGCAAUGGUUACAUUCCCACAUCGAGCCUGCGUGAGAUCCUGCGAGAACUGGACGAGCAGCUCACAGACGACGAGCUAGACGGUCUCAUCCAAGAGAUCGACACUGACGGCAGCGGUACCGUGGACUUCGAUGAGUUCAUGGAGAUGAUGACUGGGGAAUAAAUAUAUUUAUUACAAUGCUUUUUAUACUUUAAUAUAAGGCUAUAUUUAUGUUAUAUAUAUACUCGUUGAAACUCUCUGAAAAAUGAUAUAUAAAAUAAAAUAUUCACAUGAUUUGUCUAUAAAGUCUAAAGUGCUGUUCUUUGUACAAAUAAUCUUUGGUUCACAUUUACCGAAUGUGUGUGACUGUAUAAUGUUAAUGUUACUUCUACUUUAUUAAUAAAACUUUUACUAUACUAAA